AUGCCAGCAUACCACUCCACAUUCCUAGGCGAGACGCAGGAUACCAGAACCGUAGGAAACAUAUCCCUACUCCCAUUUAAAACCAAGUUUCGGGGACCAACUUUCGAAACUGAUCAAGAUUAUGACAUUGUUGAUGAGACAUUAGACCUAUUCAGAGCCAACUCUUUCUUUAAAAACUUUGAAAUCAAAGGCAAUGCUGAUAGAUUGUUGAUAUAUGGUAUUCUAUUUGUAAGUGAUUGCUUGGGCAAACUCAACAAAACAAUACCACACCGUGAAGCUACCAGAGUGUUAAGCAACUUGAGUCUUGAUAAUUUUGCCUUACCGGGAGAUAUAUCCUUCCCAUUGAACUCAUUGUACUUGCCACCAAAGACUAGAGCUGAUGCGGAUUUGUUGAGAGGUUACUUGACUCAGUUUAGACAAGAGUUGGCCGAAAGAUUGUUGAAUCGAAUCUACGCCGAUGGUGGAGACGUCCCUAGUAAAUUCUGGUUGGCAUUUACAAAAAGAAAGUUCAUGAACAAGAGCUUAUAG